AUGUCUUUCCCCGCCUACACACCCAAGGCCCGCGUGCAGAGGCCUGCGCCCGCCUUCUCUGGCACCGCCGUUGUUGACGGCACCUUCGAGGAUAUCAGCCUCAACCAGUACACAGCCAACAAGCAAUGGCUUAUCCUGGGCUUUAUCCCCAUGGCCUGGACUUUUGUGUGCCCGACCGAGAUCCUCGCCUUCAGCGACCGUGCCUCCGACUUUGAAGCCCGCGGCGCCCGCGUGGUCUUCGCAUCCACCGACUCGGAGUACUCGCUGCUCGCAUGGACCAGCGCAUCCAAGAAGGACGGCGGCCUGGGCAAGGUCAACAUCCCGCUGCUGAGCGACAAGAACCACGCCAUCAGCAAGGACUACGGCGUGCUGAUCGAAGAGGAGGGCAUUGCGCUGCGCGGCCUGUUCCUCAUCGACCCCAACGGCGUCCUGCGCCAGAUCACCAUCAACGACCUCCCCGUCGGCCGCAGCGUCGACGAGGCCCUGCGUCUCAUCGACGCCUUCCAGUUCACAGACAAGUACGGCGAGGUCUGCCCCGCCAACUGGAACCCGGGCAUGGACACCAUCAAGGCCACUCCCGAGGGCAUCAAGGAGUACCACGGCAAGAACUCGGACGAGAAGAUGUCGGACGCAAAGGUCCCCAACGGCACCCACUAG